GACGCUUGCUCAGAUUAACCGAUCAUGCGCCUGCCCAAUCAGUUGCCUAUAUUCAGGAGAAUGUAGAGUUUAUUUUGGUCCGAUAAAAUAAUUUUAACGUAUACAACUGAAGUCUUUCAUAAUCUUUCAUUUUACAUCGAUAUAAAUAAUACAGAACAUAAAUAAUGGGGGACGAACCGGUUAUGGCCACGAACGACGACGCCAGCGAAUGCAAGCGGGGCGCCGUCCAGUUGGGUUACUGGGAGGACAAGUACAUCUCCUUUUUCGUGAAGCAAAUCGAGAAAAAGGCCCCAGAAAUCAACAGAGGUUAUUAUGCCAGAGUCAAGGGUGUCGAAACACUUGUGCAGAAGUUCCUCAGCAAGUCCGGUUCAUGUGCACAGAUUAUCAAUUUCGGCGCCGGAUUCGACACACUUUAUUGGAAACUAAAGGACGAAGGUAUACACAUAUCUAAUUACGUAGAUGUAGACUUCCCAAGUGUCACAGCAAGAAAAUGUUACUCAAUCAAACGAAACAAACAGCUAUUGGACAAAAUCCAUGAACAAGAUGGUGAAGUGAGAUUAAGUUCCACCGAUUUGCAUGCAGGAAACUACCACUGCAUUGGGGCAGAUUUGAGAAAUCUUUCACAAGUUGAAACCAAGUUGAAUCAGGCUGAAAUUAAUUUCUCCAGCCCCACAUUGUUCAUAGCUGAGUGCGUUUUAGUGUAUAUCGAAAAUGAUUGUGUUAACAGACUGCUGUCAUGGAUAGCUUCCAAAUUUAGGUCAGCCAUGUUCAUAAAUUAUGAAAUGUGUAAUAUUAAUGACACUUUUGGUGAUGUUAUGCUUGGAAAUUUGAAAGCCAGAGGUUGCAACUUGGCUGGAAUUUCCAGUUGCAAGAAUUUAGAUACACAGAAGGCAAGAUUCUUAAAUAACAACUGGUUGGGGGCCAACGCCUGGGACAUGGUACGCGUCUAUUAUGAUUUGUCCCCUGUAGAAAGAAACCGGAUAGAAAGAAUAGAAUUCUUGGAUGAGCAAGAAUUAUUAAUUCAGUUGUUUCAGCAUUAUUGCAUUUGUGUUGGAUGGUUAACUCCAGAAUUUGCGGAUGUUAACUGUGUAGGGGGAUAUUAAUAUUCGUUUUUUGAAAAAUUGCAUUAAUUUGUAUAAAAAGCUGUGAUAAUUGAAUUUUUUAACAUGAAAUGUGUAUUAAGUUAUUAAUAAAUACAAAUAUUUCUUUUAAAA